ACGCCAAACAAGUGCAGAGUGCUGAAAAUGAAUCAGGCUGGAAAGAAGUGCACUAACUUCACUAGCUUUUAAAGGCCUGUAUAUUAAAUAUAUCACUAACCCGCCGGUACUGAGUGUGUUACAGUGACUCUAUUUUCUUUAGUGAGUGAGUACUGCAUUAAAAAGAGGCGCUGAUGGCUGGGAAGAAGAAAGAAGUCAGUUUACAGGUGUCCAUCGGUAAUGAUGAGCAGUGGGGAGAAAUGCUGGUGUGUAAAGGCCUGACAGUGGUGGAUGUGUAUCAGCAGUGGUGUGGCCCCUGCCGUGCUGUCAUCAGUCUGUUCAGAAAAAUCAAAAACGAGCUGGGAGAUGACCUGUUACACUUUGCCGUAGCGGAGGCUGACAGUAUCAAUGUGCUGGAGAAGUACAGAGGAAAGUGUGAGCCCACCUUCCUGUUCUACGCUGGUGGGGAGCUGGUGGCUGUGCUGAGGGGGGCUAACGCUCCUCUCCUGCAGAGAAUAGUGGUGGAGGAGUUGGUGAAAGAGAAGCGUGUGCUGGAGCAGGGAGUCCAGCGCAUUGUGGUAAAAGAUGAGGGCUUGGUUGAUGAAGAAGAGCAGGAAGACUAUGCCGGGCCCAUUCAGAAUGAUGAAGAUAUUCUGGUGACUGAUAACAGGUCUUACACCGUGGCGAUCAUUAAGCCAGACAUUGUGGCACAUGGGAAGACAGAUGAAAUCAUUAUGAAGAUUCAGGAUGCAGGAUUUGAGAUUCUGGCCCAUGAGGAGCGAACCCUCACUGAGUCAGAGGCUCAGGAGUUUUACCAGCACAAAGCAUCAGAGCCAUAUUUUCAGGAGCUGGUCCAGUUCAUGUCCAGUGGCCCCUCCCAUGUUCUGGUCAUUUCUAAACCCGAGGGUUGUGAUGAUGUCAUCCCGGCCUGGCGGGAGUUCCUGGGCCCGACGGAUAUCGAGGAGGCCAAGAGAGAGCAUCCAGACAGUCUGCGAGCUCAGUACGGAUCAGAGACCCUGUUCAACGCCGUGCACGGCAGCUAUGAUGGCGAGCAGGCCAGUAGGGAGCUGGCCUUCUUCUUUCCCAACUUCAGGACGGCGGUGUCAGGCAGGCACUCGGGCCACGCCGGGCCGGAACCGGAGCCUGUGGAGAGGACACUGGCACUCAUCCGGCCUGACGCAGCCAGAGAAAACAGAGAGAUGAUCUUAGCGAAGAUCCACAAGGCAGGAUUUAAGGUGGCCAUGCAGAAGGAGGUGAUGCUCACAGAGGAGCAAGUGUGCCUGUUCUACAGUGAGCACCAGAAUGAGGAAUACUUUCCUGCCCUCCUUAAAAGCAUGACCAGUGGUCCAGUGCUGGCUCUGGCUUUAGCAAAGCAGGGAGCUGUGGAGCACUGGAGAAACCUUCUGGGACCCAAAGACCCCAAACAGGCGAAGGAAGACCAACCAGAAAGCCUGCGAGCUCAGUUUGCAGGGGAGAGUGAGUGUGUGAACCAGCUUCAUGGAAGUCAGAGCUUGGAGGAGGCUGAAAAGGAGAUCAGCUUCUUCUUCCCUAAAGAGCAGACGCUGGCUGUUAUUAAACCCGACACUUCAGAAGAGCACAGAGAUGAGAUCCUGGAGGAGAUCCAAGCCGGAGGCUUCACCAUCUCUCAGCUACAGGAGACAGUUUUGUCCAGAGAAAUGGCCGAAGAGUUCUACAGAGAACACAGAGACAAGCCUUUCUUCAGCCAGUUAGUGGACUACAUGUGCCGGGGUCCGUGCACAAUGCUGAUUCUGACUAAAGAGAAUGCAGUUGAGGAGUGGAGGGCCAUGAUGGGACCUACUGACCCCAAUGAUGCAAAAGAGAAUGCACCGGGGUCCCUGAGAGCCCGCUUCGCUAAAGAUAUCCUAGAGAACGCCGUCCAUGGUUCAUCUAACACAGAGCAUGCGCAGGAGAAAAUACAUUUCCUCUUUGGAGAGAUCAGCUCAGGGUCUGAGCUCAUCAAUGCUGGAGAUGAUGAGGAACCUCUUCCUUUAGAAGCAGAAGAGAGCUUUGCAGAGCUGAGGAACCUCCAGACAUCAAGAUCCCCCUCAUUUAGUGAACCAAGAGACCAGACUGAAGCAAACAGUGGAGAAGCAGCAAGAAGCUCUGUGCAUCUGGACCCAGAGGCAACAAAGAGCCAACCAUUGUCUCCUGAAGUAACCACAGACUCAUCAGAGCAAAGAGAAGCACGAGAGACAUCCACUCCCAGCAGUGGUAAUGGAGGACAAGAAACACCCACUUCAGACAGGAUGGAGGACUCCUAAGAGAAAAACAGCAGCUGUGAAAAUCAUGUUGCUAACUGGACGUUUUGACCAUGCUCUUACCUAGAGUGACUUUCAUUUAGUGUCCUUCGUGUUACACAGGACUCUUUAAGUGUAGUGUGGAGUGGAGUGAAGUGUUUGCCCAGCUGUCUGCCACAGGAAAGCAGUAUUUUACCUCACUACACUAACAUGUUUAAACAGUAUCCAAAUCUACCAAGAUAAUGAGUAGAUAGGAUCUAUGAAGAAUCUUUAUGGCAGAUUAAUUAGGCUUGACUGCCACUACCAUGCUUCUAAAAACUGUAAACAUUCUAAAACAAUUCUGAGUUUUCUAUUUUAGGGGACAACUUGUCAAGAGCCUAGUGCAUCACAUAGAGCUUUAUUAUUAUUUAACAGUUCUCAAUCAUUAUGUACAAUAGUUACAAACGAUGCAUUACCUUUAAACUUUACUUUUAAACAAACAAAAAGAUACGUGUAUAUUUCCCAUGAUAUUCAAAAAAACAUUACACUCAGUACUCUGAAAAGCUUCUUAAACUAAAAAAAUAAGAGGGCACGCAACUCUGAGUGCCUGCGUAGGCAGUUAUUACAAUUUAAUCGUUUUUUUCUUCAUCAUUUUUUUAUUUUAUUUGCUGAAGUAGUCUUCAAUGCGUCUUUUCUUGCUGGGACUUGCUGAGAAAUGAUUUUCCUGGGGUCGAGAAUUCGUGUGCUCAGAGUCCUCCCAGUCAUUCACAGCCUCCAGCAGCACAGAUUCAUCCAUAUCCUCCUCUGAGAAGGACCUCUGGAACAUCUCUGUGAUGGUCUGCUGCUUGGGGUCCUCAGAAAGUAAUGAAAAAAGAAGUCUUGUCAAAAUUUAAAUACAAAUUAGUUAUUAGGAAAUGUUCCUAGGGUUUCCGUACCAAUGAAUUAUAAAAAAAAAUAAAACAUUAAUUUACAAAAUGUCACACACUAAUGCCUGUAGCACAUUCUGACUAGUAUUCAGCAUCCUGAAAAUGUCUUUAAAUAUCAUGAUAAUAUUUUUACCAACUCACUCACUCUCAGCUUGUAUUAAUCUUUGUGUUAAAUAAAACUUGUGAAUAGAAAAAUGUUA